UCUUUUAUGCUUUCUUUUUUCUUCCUUCCCUUUGGAAGUCCAAGUGUUUAUUUGCAUGCAAGAUUUAUGAGGAGUCAAAGAUGAACUUGGAGCAGGAGAGGCCUUUUGUCUGCAGUGCCCCAGGCUGCUCACAGCGUUUUCCAACAGAGGAUCAUCUGAUGAUUCACAGGCACAAACAUGAAAUGACUUUGAAGUUUCCUUCAAUAAAAACAGAUAAUAUGUUAUCAGAUCAGACUCCUACACCGACACGCUUUCUGAAGAACUGUGAGGAAGUGGGCCUCUUCAACGACAUCGACUGUUCCUUAGAGCACGAGUUUAGGAAGGCACAAGAAGAAGAAAACAACAAAAGGAAUAUCUCCAUGCAUAACGCAGUUGGAGGAGCAAUGGCAGGACCUGGAUCUCACCAGCUGACAAAUACAAGGAUGCCGAACCAUGACACCAGUGUUGUGAUUCAACAAGCCAUGCCAUCUCCACAGUCCAGUUCUGUCAUUACACAAGCACCUUCCACAAAUCGACAGAUUGGGGCCAUGGUGAUUAAAAUCUCCAGAGUUGGAAGGAUUGAGGAUAAAAAGGUCUGUUUCCUAGUCACUGGUGAGUGUCUCGUUUGGGAAACUUUUGUCAUGACAUAUCUUAAUUCUCCAUGUGACUGAUUCCCACAAAUGUUUCCAAACUCUGAGUCUAAAGCUGCUCUAUUAGGAGACAGUGGUCAGUGUUUAGUCUCUGUGUGAGCUGGUGUGUGAAUGAGACUUACAGUAUGACCUCCAGCACAC